GGGUUCUGCCGAAUAUCAGAAAACAAAGUUGAUCUUGAGAAAGCGGAUGCGAUUUUGUUUCACAAUGCAGACUACGAUCCAAUGGCAGUGCCUCAGCCUCGCCGUCCUUCUCGACCACAUGUUUUGUGGAGUCUUGAAAGUCCGACGAAUGAUCACUUCCGUCCAGGCCCACGUUAGUUUUAUGUAGAU